GACGCAGUUUAAUGCUGUAGAGUGAUCUAGAAAAAAGUGUGGUAAUUUUUCGAUGCAAUGAAGUAUAAGAUUUUAACAAUUAUUAUUACGUUUAUUACCUCUGAAUGUUUAUCUCAAUCGACCUCACCAUGUCAAAGUCAGUUUGAAAAUACCACGGAAAUUGAUUGGGCCGUCGGUCUGAUAAAACACACUCAAAAUGACAAUGAAAUUGUAAAUGUAUCUUUUGCUUAUAAUGGGAGCUUAACAACAGAAGCAGGUGACCCUAAUGAAUUUAGUGCAAGAUACAUAGACAUAGUGACAGACAACAACCAACUCAUUUUUAGAAGUAACGAAAACUGGACAAAACUAGAAGAAGAUCUAGACAUUAGGUCAAAAAUUCAAGGCAAUCAAAUAACAUUUAGCCGACAAGUAAAACUAAUUUGUGAUAAUAAUGAGACGAAGACUUUGCAAUUUAUUAUAUACGUCAUUGACACAAAUAACCACGAUCCAACUUUUGAUAAACAAUCGUACAGUUAUAAAAUGCCUAUGCCUUUGAUUCCAAAUAUCGAUUUAACAGGAUUCGGCGACGAUAUAAUAGUUACAGAUUAUGAUUUUACCAAUAAAAAUGUAACAUUUAGCAUUGAUGAUAAGGAUUUUGAAGUUACAACAAAGCACAACCCGGAUUCCAAUACUUACCAAGCAGUUCUGAAAGUUAAAAAUUACAAAUAUCUUUCAAGCGACACGACAACACUAUCUCUCAACUCAACUGAUUCAGGAGAGCCGUCACGAUCACAAACAUCUCAAAUUCAAAUAAAAAUUGAUGAAAGCAAUAGUUUACCAGAUAUUCCAACUGUACCGGAAGCUUCAUAUCAAUUUCAGUACUCGAUUGAGAAUAAUAAGCCUGUAUUGAAACCACUUCACACAAAUCAGGAUAUAAAAGUAACCGCCAGUGACCCUACUAAAAUUAAAGUAAAACUAGAAGGAAAUGACCAUUUUUCCGCCGAAUUUAAUGAGGCUAAACAAACAGUGACAAUAAAAACAACUGAAGAAGUCAUAGAAAAUACACCAAAUCCUGUAUUGGUUUUAACACUCGUAGUAACACUCAACGGUAAAGAAGAAGAUAGCAGCAAAACCGCGAUUCUGGUAAACCUCCCAAAAGACAAAAUUAUUACAAUACCACAAUUCGAUAAACCAUAUUACAAGGCACAGUAUAAAGUCAAUGCAGAAGAUAAAGAUACUGUGGAGCUUGAAUCAGACAUUACUGUUUCUGAAGAUGCAGAGGUCGCACUGGAAGGUGAUGAAACACACUUUAACAUAAGUAAAAGUGAUGAUAAUAAGUGGCAAGUGACUGUGAUAAGCGAUUUGGAUAGUGGUGACUUCAAAGAAAAAGAUAUUCCUUUAACGCUGCAUGCCACAGUUAAAGACGCAAAAGGAACAACGUACGACGGUUAUGCUACUUUGCUUGUUACUCUUCCUGAAGUUGAAGAAGCACCGCGAUUUACCAAACCUUACUACACGGCAACGUACAAGGUCAACGAUGGUGAUACGCUUGAUCAGUUGACAGUGGAUGGCGACAUAGCAUUGAUUUUACCAAGCGAUGAUGUUAAAGUUGAAUUAGUUGACAAUCAAGAAUAUUUCAAUUUAAUUUGUGAUCCAACUUCUGGAAAAUGUGCGAUAGAAGUUAAGGUUGAUUUAGGACAUGAUAUUUUGGAAAAAGGAGGCGACUUGAUUGUGAAUUUCAAAGCCACAUUAAAUGGUGUUGAGGAACCGAGUGCCUUGGUUAUAACAUUACCAGAAGUUGUAGAAGUAAAAUUUAUGAAUUCGAAUUAUGUCAGUACAUACAAUAUUACCGGCGAAAAAGCUACAGUUGACAUAACGGAGUUUCCAAUCACGAUAACUCCUACGGAUAAAAACAUCACUGUUAGUUUCAAUGAAGUGAAUAACAAUUUUGAAAUUGUGGCAUCGGAUUCUAGUAAGGGGCAAUAUACCAUCAAUGUUAAACAGCCUUUAAAUGAUAUAGAUUUAGUUAAACGGGAACCUAAAGUUUUAACUUUGCAAGCAAACAUUCCCGGUUGGCGAAAUAAGGCAACAAGUACUUUAAUUAUCAAAUUACCAGACGUUAGCCCGAAAUUUAACAAACCUUAUUACGAGGCCAUUUACAAGGUUGAUAAUAAGGGAGUUGCUAAUGUUACACUGUCUGAAAAAAUAACACUGACUUCAACAGUAAACUCUAAAAUCAGUUUAAUUGGCUCGUAUGUGGACAAUUUCUCUUUUGAUGUCGACAAAAACCCUCAAAUUACUGUUAAGAAGAACCUAGACGAAAAAAUUGUAAACGCCAAUCAACAAAUAUUGCUGACAUUGCAAGUAACUCCUGGUGGUUCUGAGGAUCAAGAGACGACAAUUAUUGCACUAAAAUUGCCCUACGAUGGAACAACAAAAACACUGAAAUUUGAGCAACCUGCAUAUGUUUUCUCGUAUAAAACUGAUAAAGCCGACCCUUAUAUUGACAAUGGGGGGCAAAGUAUAAGUCUUGUCAGUGCUGAAUCUAAUGUCAAUAUUAACAUUACUGGAACCUAUAGUGAAAAUUUUGAAAUAAAGAGCGAGAAUAACAAAAUCAGUCUUAACAUCAAAAAGCCGUUAGAUCAAACUGUUCUUGACACUCAACCGGAUAUCCUCUUUGUCCUGGAUGCAAAUCUGGAUAAGUUUGAGGAUGGUUUUACCACGGUUUUACUUCAUCUCCCUGCAAAAAAUUCUACAAGUGAACUAAAAUUCGUCGAACCUGUCUUCACAGCCAUAUACGAGUUAGGAAAAGAAGAAAAUAACAGAACAGCUAAUGUGACAAUCGUAGGAAACGGGAUAAGUCUGGAAGGUGGAACUACUGAAGCAACCAUUGAACUAACCGGAACAAAUAGCGAACAUUUUGACGUUUCAAAAAAUAGCACCGGAACUGGAUACGACCUGACUUUAGUUUCAAAUUUGGAUGAUUCAAUUUUGAUAACCGAAGCUGAUGUCGUGUUAACGUUAAAAGCAACGCUUGGUGAUCAAGUUGGAGAGGCUACUUUGGUGGUAAAACUGCCCAAAAAGACAGCACCGGCUUCGUUUAAAAAACCUUACUAUGAGGCUGAGUACAAGAUGGAGACUGAUCCACAUACCAUUGACAUUGACCCGAUUGAACUUGAAGGUGAUUAUUUAGACGACACUAAAGUUACUUUGCAAGUGGAUGAUGAUGAACUAAAGGAUAAUUUUGAGAUUAAUACGGCAAGUCCAUAUAUAAUUAGUUUAAAAAACAAUUUGGAUGAUGCAAUUUUAAAAACAAAACACGAAGUUGUUCUUACUCUUGUUGCAACUCUUGAUGAAAUUUCAACAACAACAUCUUCCGUGAUCGUUAAGAUCCCAGAUUUACCAACGCCUCCAAAUUUUAAAAAAAUUGUUUACAAAGGCAAAUAUGACAGUGAUAACAACAUUGUAAAACUUGAUGAUAAUAUCGAAACCGAUGCAAAAGAUCCUGCUGUUGUGAAGAUCACAGUAGAAGACCCAUACGCUUCAAACUUUACUGUUGUAUACGACGAUAAGAACAAAGAAUUUACAGUUAAUGUGAUAGAUUCUCUUGAUAACGCCACUGUAACUAAUAACGACGAAAUCUAUGUGGUUUUCGAUGCCACAGUUGACCGUGCUGUAACUCACACUUCGGCAACUUUGGUCCUCAAAAUGCCUACAACACUGACUCAAAUCGUUCCCACAUUUUCGGAAACAUAUUACAAAGCUCAUUACUCACUCGAUGAUACUGUCACUAUCACAAAACCAAUCACUAUCACUAGCGACAAAGCCAGUGAGACGCAAGUUAAAGUAAUAGGUGAUUUCAGCAACAAUUUUGAAACAAAGUUUGAGGAUAAUAGUUGGCAAUUGAAUGUGAAAAAUAAAUUAGAAGAUUCUUACAAAGACGAAAUUAUUGUAACACUUGAAGCGUCCUUGGAAGGCAAUGAAAUUACAACAACUACUACUUUAAUUAUGGAUCUUCCUGAUCGCGGAUUGAAAGCAAGUCCCAAAUUUACAAAACCUCUCUACGAGAAUGAAUAUGUGAGCGAUGAGACGCCUACUGUUAAUAUCACUGAUCCAAUCACACUCAAAGACGGUUUUGAAGACGCGAAUGUAAAUGUUGAUGCGGCUUAUCAGAAAUACUUCAAACUUACGCAAAAUAAAAACAAUAGGAAUCAAUGGGAUAUUAGCUUAGAUAAUCCUUUAAGUGAAGAGAUUCUUAAAAACAACACAGAACUUGUUGUAACUUUGACGGCCAAUUUGGAAAAUUCUGAAGGUCCUGAGUAUGCGACACUAGUUGUCAAACUUCCUUCGCAGUCAGUAGAAACUAUUACAUUUGAUAAGACCUACUACUCGGCCAUUUACACUGUUGUUGAUGGGGGAAAUGAUACUGUAAAUUCUUCUGAAAUUAUUGUAAGUGAUGACGGCGCUACAGUCACUGUGAUUGAAGGAUACGCUAAAAACUUUAAUGUAAAUUGUAAAGACAGAAAAUGUGUCUUGACAGUAAAAGAAAACCUUCAUGAUGCUGAUUUAAAAACGAAAAACGAAGUUAUUGUAGUACUACAAGCCACCAAAUCAGGAGAUAUUGCUGACAAAGCAACAGCACCGGUUAUUGUAAGUUUGCCCCUACAAGACUCUAUCGAAGCUCCGAAAUUUGAAAAACCUGUCUACACGGUUGACUAUGAUAAAGAAACUAACAAAAUAUCAGAUAAUUCAAUCAAGUUUGAAGGAGCCGAUACUAAAGAUAUAACCGUGGCAAUAGACCCUUCAUCAGCAUAUAAAGAUAAUUUCAAGGUGACUCUUAAAACCGACCAUUGGGAAGUUGAAGUCGAUAAAAAAUUAGAUGUUAGCAAAAAAGCUUCGAUUUCUUUUAUUUUGCAAGCUACAAAAAAAGACGUUAAAACUCCAGGGGAAGCGGUCUUUAUUGUGAAUCUUCCAAAGAAUGAAGAUACUUCAGAUUUGGAAUUCAGUCAAGUGACUUACACGGGUACCUACAAUGUUAAGGAUGACAUCGAUGAGGUUGUUUUGGAGCAAAACAUCGAAAUUAAAGGAAUCAGUGAUACAAAUCAAGCAGACUUUAGUGUAGAACCAGGAGAUUAUAUAGAUAAUUUCGAAGUAAAUGCAGACACAGAUCAUUGGAUAAUAUCUGUCAAGAAGGAUCUUAAAUCUGAUAUUUUGGAUAGUGAAACUUCAAUUAUUUUAACGUUGAAAGCUACAGUAGCAGAAACUUCAAGUACUGGAGAAGUUGGAGUUGUAAUUAACCUUCCAAAGAAAUAUACCCCAACAUCGUUUUACUUUGAAAAGACCUCAUACACUGCUGAGUAUGAAAUAGAAAAUGAUAAACCUAAAUUAAAUGUAGACAGUGACAUUAUAAUUAAAAAUUUAUCAGAUAGUGUUGGAGUAAAACUGACGGGAGACUAUUCCAAAUAUUUCGAUUCUUCUUAUUCUGAAGACAAAGUUACAAUAACUUUAUCUUCAACUGCACUGAACAGUGACGUUGUAGAAAAAGAAUCAGCAAUUUCGGUCACAAUUGAAGCAACAAAUGAUAAUAAGGAAGUCGCCAGAGCGGUUUUGGUUGUCAAACUACCAAAAGAGACAAGCAAAAAUGAUAGCGACGACCAGACUGGCCUUAUUGCAGCAGUUGCCGUGUUGGCCGUUUUGCUGGUCGCAUCUCUCGUAGGAAGUGCCGUUUUCUAUUAUUUCAAAUUCAAGACUGCAAAAAAUUACAGUAAUAUGAGUGACAGUCCGCGUCCUUCUGAACGGUUUAGGAAAAACAGCACCGGUCUUGACACAAAACAUAAAUUUGAACAUGCGACGAGACGACCAACGGGUGUUAUUAAAUACCCUCUCAAAGACGAUGAGAGCACUGAUACUGAUGCUGUGGAAGCGCCAAGUGAGAAAAGAAAAUCCGUGCAGUUUGAUGUUAUACACAUCGAUGAGUUGGAAAUAGAACCCGAAAAAACCGACGAUGAGGAUAACGAAAAUACUUAUGAAAAUGUUGAUAGUGAUAGUGACCAUAGACGAAACUCGGAAGCCUAAUCUGAAUGAUAUUACUAGCAUUUGCUUAUUUUUUAAAUCUGAUAUUUACCUAUACAUAAUUAACUACAAAUAAAGUUUUAAUAUAUAAUAAUGCCAAUAAUGGG